AUGAAGCUGAGACUGUCCGAUAUCUUCUUGUACCUGUUGGCUUGGCCUUACUACUGGACUCUCCGCCAUUACACUAUCUAUCCUAUCCAGAGGAUAGUUUUAGCGCAACACGAUGAAGACAAGCUGCGGACAGCGGCUCGAACGUUUUUUCAUGGAAAGAUCAAUGAGGCUAAGCUCGUCACCUUGGCUAGCACGUUGUCGGCGGCCGCCAGCUUCGCUGCCUUCUCAUGGACGGCGAUUGCAAGGGCCCCUUGGUUUGUGUUCGCGUUCUGGUACUUCAGCCUGGUUCUUGCAAUCCUCAGCCUGAUCACCGCCGGGCAGCACUCUGCCUUGAUACACACCCUGAUACAGCAUGAAGACGCAUUUUACGAGGCACUUCCCACUAAGGUCAUCCUCAGACUGGUCGCACUCGAUGUCUCAAGCCGAAUCGGGGCUCAGCAGUCGAGCGGUCGAGGCCCGAACAGGUCUGGACCUCCAGCAAAAGCCAGGACAGAGGCACAGCAAAGCGCCAUGAUGGUUUACGUAUGGCAGAAUCCGGUGAUGAAGAUGGCUUGGUCGGUUGUAAUGUUCAUCCUGGGCCUGGUGCUGCUGAUAACAUCGCCGUUGCGGCACGAUCCUCCGGGCAUCGAUGACCCUAAGAUAGCAAUCUUCGUCCUCGUUGCCGGCGCAGUCGUGUUGCUAAACUUCGGAUGGUGCAGCUUUUGCCUGUAUCGCGCUGCGAAGCACGACGAUCUCAUGGAGAGACCCGCCACAACGGCACCUGGUGAGGUCGAUGGAAGCGCGCAAGUGGCAGCCGACCCAUAAGAUCAAUUCAACUCCAACCAUACGCAGCACGCAUCACGCACAGUUCAACGACUGAAAUCUGAUCCUGUUACAGCGGGCGAGGAAGAUGCUUCGUACGGCCCAGCUCUGUUCAGUGAUGAAGAAGCCGGCUGCGGCAUUGCAGGGGCGGAGAGCGGUGUCGAGCAUCGCAGUGCAGGGCAAAACACAGCUGUCUGCAGUAGUGAGAGUUUGAGCUCGCAUUGAAUUCACAGAGUAGGAGUGGAAUACGAGCUUCUGAAACGGUCUGGGACGGAGCGCAGGGACAAAGUAGAGAGAGCGGAUCUCUGACAUCACCUCGAGCCAAGAAAGUAGAUCACGUGACCGAUAACGUCGCCGCCUCUCCUGCAAAACACCGCAACCCUCUAUCGCAGGAUCUUUGACAUUACCACAUUCUAUGGCCUCACAUUGUGGUCUUCUCGGGGCUUGAUG